CCAUGUCCUAAAUCCGCAGAACCGUUCGGCUUCUCUCCUCUGUGCUGCGAACUGAAACUCGGAAAACUCUUCGGUCUCUCUUUGUUGCGCUCAGUCGCCGCCGUCCGCGGUGGCUUUGGGUGUUACUUUCAGGUCGGGACUGUUUGGAAUCAGGUUCUGCUCUCCGUCCUUGAUUUUUCGGGUGUCUUCUUGAUCACGGAGGGAAAAUGUGCUGAUUUCUUAACGCAAAAAAUCGACAACGGAAACUGUGUGUCUCUUUUGGUUUCGUAUUUCAAGAUGAGUUUAACCGCAGAUUCCCCAGUGAAUUCUUCAAGCACUGGCAGCGAUGAUUUUGCUGCGUUUCUUGAUGGAGAGUUGGAAUCUGCCUCCGAUGUCUCACAAAAUUUUGGAGAGGAGGAGGAAAUAGAAGAAGAUGUAGAAAAAGUAGAAAAAGAAGAUGAUGCAGAAGACGAUGAUGAUGACGACGACGACGAUGAUGAUGACGACGACGACGACGAAUCAAUGGAGGGAAAAGAAAGAAAAAGAGAAGAAGACGAUAAUGCUGAGGACUAUGCCUUGGACCUUGAAGGGAGUAAAAGACAGAAGGUUGAUAUCAUCAAAAGCUCAUUAGAUCUACAAUCUUCCUCAUCUGUAAGGGUAGAGAGCUCAGGUGCAUCUGUAGAAACAGUUACUUGUACUCAUCCAGGUGUGAUUGGAGGUUUAUGCAUCAGAUGUGGUGAAAGGAUGGAUGAUGAAUCUGGUGUUGCACUUGGAUACAUACAUAAGAAAUUAAGGCUUUCCAACGAGGAGCUUGUUCGAUUACGUGACAAAGACUUGAAAAGUCUGCUUCGCCAUAAAAAGCUAUACUUGGUUCUUGAUUUGGAUCACACACUGCUCAAUUCAAGUCUGCUUGAUGACAUUGCUGGUGAUGAAGAAUACUUGAAGGGCCCUAGCACUGAUCUACCUGAUUCUGUGAAGAGCAGCAUGUAUAGACUAGAGUCCAUGCGAAUGAUGACUAAGUUAAGACCUUUUGUCCACACAUUCCUGAAAGAAGCAAGCAAAAUGUUUGAAAUGUACAUAUACACAAUGGGUGAUCGAAAUUAUGCAUUGGAAAUGGCGAAGUUGCUGGACCCUGAAGAUGUGUACUUCAAUUCAAGAGUGAUUGCGAAUGUGAAUAGCACAGUGAGGUAUCAGAAGGGCCUUGAUGUUGUUUUGGGGAAAGAAAGUGCAGUAUUAAUACUUGAUGACACGGAAAAGGUAUGGGAAGCUCACCCUGAAAAUCUGAUAUUGAUGGAAAGAUAUCAUUUCUUCGCGUCAAGUGUUCGGCAAUUUCACCAUCCUUCUCAAUCACUUUCUCAAUUAAGAACUGAUGAAAAUGAGGCCGAUGGAGCUCUGGCAACAGUUCUGAGAGUUCUUGAGAAGAUUCAUACUGCAUUUUAUGAUACCGAACAUGUUGAGAGUCUCUUGAACCGAGAUGUGAGGCAGGUAAUAUUUUGAGCACCAAAAUUACUUCUUACAGAUACCUAUCCUGCUCUUCAAAUUUGUUUGACCAGAUCUUUUAAGAAUUCAUAUGUCUUGAAUCUCUUCCUGUCUUCUCUUCACUUUUAGCUUGAGUUGUGUCUCUUUGAGCAAUUAAUUUACAGAUGCCUGUAUUGUGUAUUGUGGUCUACCUCAAGGUUUGGUAGACUGGUGAGAUUUAGUUGUUAUCAGACAUCAUGGCAUAUUGUAGUUCACUGUGAAUUAUAUGACCGUGCAUAAUGCAAUAGAUUAUCUAUCAUUCAAAUUGAUGCUGAAUGAACAUAUUCUAGUGUUGGAAAGAGAAACGGUGUGAUAUUUAAAAAAUAAAAAAGAAAAAAAGAAAGAAAGAAAAAUAAUCUGUUAAGCCAGGUUGGGAUUUUGGUACCAAGCUGACAUUUGUUGCAGUAUAGUAUUCUGUUUGGAAACUAAGUCUUUCGGUUCAGUGGUAUUGGUUUUCUCACUUUUAUUGUUAAAGAGCUUCUCCACACCUUAGUUUUUGCUAAAUGCUUGUUUUUUUUGAUCAUCAUACCAGCUGUUGCAAAAUGUCAGAAAUGAAGUUUUGGAGGGUUGCAGGCUUUUGUUCAGUCGGGUUUUUCCCGUUGAGUCUCAGGCUGAAAAGCAACACUAUUGGAAAUUGGCGGUGCAGUUGGGGGCUACAUGCUCAACAGAACCGGGCCCAUCGAUAACACAUGUGGUUUCCUGGGACUCUGGAACAGAAAAAUCUCGCUGGGCAAUCCAGGAGAAGAAGUUCUUGGUCAAUCCAAGGUGGAUCGAUGCUGCUCGCUAUUUGUGGCAAAAGCAACCUGAAGAACAGUAUCCCGUUACUCACUCGAAGAGCUAAAAGGGAGAGCUCUUCUAUGUUGUUGAAAUUUGUAGUACCAGCUGAGAGAUUUGAGAACAUGGAUAUGAAUGUUGACAGAUGCCGCGGUUAUUUUGACAAUGGAUUGAUUGACACAGUUGACAGUUUGACCAUCUAUUUUUUGACCCACUAAUGAAUCUAGCUGAUGUUACUGCAGAAAGUGGACAUAUUAAGCAGAGUAGGAAAGAUUUACUGUUUAGAAGGAAAGUUUUAAUCGCAUUGUAAACAGAGUAAUAGAAAUCGAUUUGUAAAUAGAGUUCUGUGCUGAUACUCCUCGAGCAGCUGUGUCUGGUUAUCUUUUCCUCUCUAAUUGUGAUCAGCAGAAUGUCUGAGCUAACUAUAAAAUUGACCAAAUGACAGAAAACAAACAGAUAAAUGGUCCAUGAGUCAUG